AGUGUUUAUACCCAAUCUAGCCAAUAUGGCGUCCGGCAGUUAGCCAGUUAGCUUGAUUAAGGUUAUCUCCCCUCUUCUCUCCGUGUGUUUUGGGGAGUUUCCGCCCAGAUGUCGGAGGUGGAGGAGCUGCGUCCCGUCCCCAGGGAGAGGGCCAUCUUGGAGAGUUUCUUCACGCAGCUCGGCAUGUUCUCCUUCGACCGGGCUAAGGACUACGUGGAGAAGGAGAAGGACAGCAGCAGCCGCAGCGGGGGGGCCGUCUGGGCCUCGCUGCUGGGAGCUCUGGGACACCUGGCAGCAGCUGAGAAGGCCUACCACAACAUGACAUUCCUGGGUCAGAAAAUGGGCGGACAGUCCUUCUUCAGCAGGAAGGACUCGAUCCGCAGCCUCUACACCUCGCUGUACAAUGAGCUGAGGAAGGUGGUGUCGGGGGGGCGUCACGGCGCUCCAGGCUCCGCCUCCUACCUGGAGGACCUGCUGUCUCACCUGUCAGAGCAGCUGUGCCACUUCACUCAGGCUCGCAUGGACCUGUCCGAGCUCUACGAGAAGCUGCACGCGCUGAGCGGACAGAAGAGCUUCAACUCUGAGGAGCUGCUGAGCUCCAUGCAGGCCGUCAGCUCCAAGUACUGCUCCAAGUUCCACCACCCCAUCCUGAGUCGAGUGGAGGAAUGUUUCCAGACUGAAUUGGACGUUGUUCUUCAGCUUCUUCGCUGCCAGGCUCAGAUUUCCGAGUGGAGUUUCCUUCCCGCUCUGCUCUCUCUCCACGGCGCCAACUCCAAGCUGCUGGCCUGGGGUCAGUUGUUCCAGCGGCAGAAAGAGACCCGGAAGCAUAUGUUCGGAGGUCAGUCCCAGAAGGCCGUGCAGCCGCCUCACCUGUACCUGUGGCUGCAGCGCUUCCAGGUGUUGCUGCUCGCUAAGUUCAGCUUCUACUUCCACGAGGCUCUGAGCCGGCAGACGGCAGCCGGGGACAUGAAGGCUCUGACGGCCCGCACCGCGCCCGACUUCAGCGGGAAGAUCUGCUCCUUCAUCAGGAAGCACGACGCUAGCAACGUGUCGCUGGUGUUCGACAACAGAGGCUCAGAGAGCUUCCAGGGACACGGGUACCAUCACCCUCACUCGUACCGUGAAGCUCCGAAAGGCGUGGAGCAGUUUCCGGCCGUGGUGUCGCUGCCGACGGGCGAGCGUCCGCUCACCCAUUGGCCGAACGUCAUCAUGAUGAUGGGCGACCGCGCCGCAGAACUCAACACGCUGGACAAGGUGGUUCACUUCUACGACGACAAGGUGACGAGCACCUACUUCCUGACCAGGCCGGAGCCACACUUCACGCUCGUGGUGAUUUUCGACGGCAAGAAAUCGGAGAAAGAUCUUCACAUCGCCGCUUUCCUGCAGGAGAUCUCCGGCUCGCUGAGGAACACCAAGCCCUUCAGCUCGCUCAAACCCGGGUCCAAGGGUUAGAAGAACUGCCAUCAGCAAGUACUAAUACACACAAAACUGCAGUACUGUGCUUAUGUGCAAUACUGAGGUACUUUGCUUCUACUGUACUACAUUUCAGAGAGAAGUAUUGUCACUUUUUACAUACUAUACCUAUUUAACACCUUAAAUGAAUAGUCCUUUUGCAAAUAAAUAAGGUUUAACAUUAUAAAACAUAUGAUCAAUUUAUAAAAUAUCAUGCUUUCAUUCAGAUAUUCUGCUUUUGAGUCAUUCUAGUCCUUUCAGCUCGCUCUAACCCGGAUCCAAGGCUAAAAGAAACUGCUCUCUGACUAACAACACGCUCCAAAUGUUCUUUGGGUUUCUGUGGUCCAGCUUCAGUCCGUUGACUUUCUGUGUAUCUAUUAUUUGUAUUUCUUUGCAUGCACAUAAGACUGCAAUACAAACAUCCAGAUUAUGAAAUGUGCCAAAAAUGUUCCAGACCAAAAAGAAACUGUUGUUGGAAAUGCUUCAUUUAAUUUUAGAUUUUAAUUUUUAACAUUCUGUUUACUUUAUAUUUGAAUUGUCUUCAUUGAUCCAAGUUAAAUAAAGCUUUGAGAUUAUUUCA